CACGCCCUUCACUACCAAAUAUUCCACAACGGCUGUUGCGAAUACCGCGUCUCUUGUGUUUGUAGAGUUGAGGGACAAUGGUCGUCAGAUUAGUUGAGAGGGUGCCCACGGGCAGCCGAUAACCCACGUACCGUUUACGGACUCGCGCAGGACAAUUAAACUGCUGACGACUGUUGCCACCGCGCUCCGCAUGUGACCGAGCUGACCGGGGGCGGGGAGGAGAUCGGUCUCGUGUACAGUACCGUGGAACACCGAGUACUCGUUGGGCGGCAGCAGCAGCAGCGAAGAAAAGACGGCGCUGUCGUAGCCUUGACCCGGAUACAAGUUAAUAUGCCACAGGUUUGAGGGACUGCGUCGUUGCAGCAACGAAAGAGACGAACUUUAGGCUUUGAUAUGCUGAUGUAGUUUGGUGAGCGACUGAAGAACCAAGGACACUGUCCACACAACAGGAAACAAGAUGAGCACCAAGAGAAAGGCAGAGAGUCACUCAAGGGCAGUGAACCGACCACGCAUCAUGAAGUCUGGAAAUGCCCGAGCCGACUCUGAGAGAGACUCCGGAUUCUCAGAUGCAAGCUCAGAGCACAUGAGCACUAUGGACACCACAGACUCUGAGGAUUCACCCCACCCUGUUGUGCGGAAGGGGCCAAAGACCUCGGGCUCGGGCCCCCAGCCUUCUCCACUGGCUGUUGUGGGAGGCUCCUACUCCAGCCUGUCUCCCAUGAUCAUCAUGAACAACGUUGUGCUCAAGCAGCCUGGAGAUAACGCUCCUGCCCUGAAGCCUUGGGGGUUCAGUCCUACAGUGGAGGUGGUACAGCCUGUGGUUCAGCAGCCUCAGGUGGUCUUUCUCCAGCCUGUCGUCUCUCGUCAAGCUUCCCCUGCCUCCAAAGAGGCCACCUCGAGGCACAAGCGCCCAAAGAAGUAUCUUCCAAUCCUGAAAUCCUACCCCAAGAUCGCCCCACAUCCGGGAGACGUAUCCAGUUCCUCGGGGAGAGGCACAGCUUCCUCGUGUUCCUCCUCCUCUUCUUCAUCGUCCUCUUCUUUUUCAGGAUCAGAGAGGUGUAGUACUUCGACCUCCAGCCAUCGGGAACACUGUCAGAAGGACAAGCCGCAGAGGGCUCUGUGUAGUAGCGCUAGUAACUCUGGCUCAGCCACUCCCAGUCUUCCUUCUACGCCCAGCAGCAUGUCUCCACUGCUCCAGAGCCACCUUUCCCUCCCCACAACAGAAGCCAGCAGUAGUCCUUCCAGGGACAGGCCUUCAUCGGUUGUCAGCCAGUCAGAGUUUAUGACCUCCCUGUCUUUCACUAAUGCCACUGACUCUAAAAACAACACACUCCCUGUUGCCCUGGCAGAAACCCCGGAGGACAUCUCACUAGGAGAAUGUAACCUCAACGUCGGCGAGUCUGAUUCAAAGAGGAAGCGCUUCUGCAACACUUACAACAUCCUGAGCAAAUCUGGCCUGCUAGACAUCACACUCCGCACCAAGGAGCUCCUCAGGCAGAACCGGCGCACCCAGAGCGACCUGGACCGCCUGAAAGAACACACAGACCUCUUCCUCCAAGCUCUGCAGAGCGGCGACACCAGCAUCCUUAUCAAGUUGCAGACCAGUCUUCAGGAGGAAGAGGACAGAGCAUUUCAGACCACCUCAAAAGCAGAUUAGGCCUAGACUAGUAUUAAACUGUAAUCCUUUAGAGCACGAUGUAAAGACAGGCCAGGGUGUGGUGGAUAGCAAGCGUGAGGACAGAUGGACCGAAAGUAACGUGCUCCACUAUACCCAUCCACCCCCAGACUCUCAGACAGACAGUGCUCUGUGACCUACAUUUUGGCUGCUGGCUGCCUUAGGGCCCUGACACACCAAGCCAACCUAAAAAAAACGAGUCCAGACUUUUUGUUGCCUUGUGUCUUGUGUUAAAACUUUCCAUUGAACUCACAAUAACACUGAAGGUGUUGGCCAGUUGACCAACAUGCACAUUUGUUCUGCACCUGUGUAAGAGGAAAUGUUUUAGAUUUGUACAUUUGUAUUUGUAAUUAAGAAAAAAGUAUGGAAAGGAAGAAAAACAAAGACAGCUUUUUAUGCAAAGCAUCUGUGAAAAUAGUUCCAUUGUGUGCUCAGAUUAUGAAGUGUCAGACCUAGGUGAAAAACAUGUCCAACAUUUGCCCUAAGAGUUGAUGAGUGCCAUGAAUGAAGGCCACUAAGUUAAACGCGCUGCCCAGUGAACUGACGUUGGCUUGGUGCGUCUGGGACCAAAUAAGAGCAGAACCAAAGCUCACUGUUCUAUUACACCGAUCUUUGACUGAAUUCAACUCCGUGCUGCACAAAAAACCUUUUGCUCAUUCGCUUUUGUUCUGAGCGAUUCGAAUCCAAGGCAGCUUUAAAGAAAUGUAAUGCACAACAGAUGCGAAGUGUCUCAUAUUAAUUUGAGACUUUAAGCCUCAGCAGCACAUUUGAAUCUAAACGAGAAUUUGGUAUUUAUAAUAACGGGAUGCCUUGUUACACAGACUGAAACAGGUUGACAUUUCUGUUUUUUUUGUAGCAGUUAUAUCAUUAUCGAUAGUUGCUUUUUUUUCCCCAGUGCUUCAGACAGCUAGUCAACAAAUCUGUUGACCUCAUGUAGCCGUUACAUUUAAGUCAAAUUGGACAAACUGAAGGAGAUGUUCUCACGUCACACCGAAUGUUUCCAGAGCCUCUUGCUACUCGGCAUCCACAAAUAGAAAAACAUGUGCCUAAAGUGUCUUUUCCAUUCCUGCUGCAUUUCUAACUUGAUUUGAAAGGCACGGCCCUUGGACGGGUCGAGCUUCAGCGUUCCCAUCAUGUUGAUGGCAGAUGGUCCUGUGCAGACUGGCUGGGAGAAAAGCUCUUUAGAUGCUUCCCUGGUAACAUCCCAUCGUAAAGAUUGACUCUUGUAGUGAAAGCAUUACUAUCAGCGACUUGUGUAUCAAUCAUGUCAUUUGUUUGUUUGCGUUUUAAUAUACAUGUGGGUGUAAUUUAACGUGGCUAUGUUGUCUGACUUCAAGUGCAGACGUUUUGCUGUUAGAAGUUUCUUUAUUUCACAUCAAACAUACAUCGUGUAAACUGUUAAAUGUCAAGUCAGGCUUUUUUAUGAAGUCAGUGUGCAUCGGCUUUGGGCCUCUCAUGUCCAGACUUUUUUUUUUUUUUUUUGUAUAUUACAACGUCUAGAUUAAGUUCUUUUGUUGGGUUCACAUGCUUUAUUGUUAAAUUUUCAUAUGUGUGUACAUUUUGGCCUUAAAAUCCAAGCUCAGUGCAUGUCACAACUUUGUAGUACAAUAACCUAAACAUAGCUCUGAAGCAAUUUGUGGACAGAAUUUACUGGCAGCUGUGGUACUGAGCAUUAUGAGUCAUCAUAAGCACAUUAACAGUGCCCCAAACCAUGCAUAAUUACAUGAUUUGUUUUUUAUUACUGUUUUCUUGAUAUUAAACAUGUUUUUGCAUUGUCUUUAUAUGAAACUAUGUGGUGAUGUUAAAUGUCAUGGUUAUGUACUUGCUGUGCUUACGUUGGCUUAAAAUGGCUUAAAAUGGCUCAUGACAAGUAAUAAAUAUAUCACUUUCUG